AUGGCGGCCGUCGAGAGGCUAGAUGCCUUCGGCGACUUCAACCGACCCCUCUACUCGAAGUCCGAUCCCCGGACCAGGGACUGGUUCCUAGUGGGGAACCCUGCGUUCAUCGUCCUCCUCGUCAGUGGAUACCUCUACAUCGUGUACCGCGCCGGACCGCGGUUCAUGGCCAACCGCAAGCCGUACGUGCUCAAAAAUACGAUACAGGUGUACAACCUACUGAUGAUUGCGCUCAACCUAUUCUUUGGACACAUCUUUCUGACCAACACGUUCCUGGGCGGCGGCUACAACAUCUUCUGCCAAGGGAUGACCUACUCGAGAGAUGCGAACAGCCUCAACAUACUGUGGUGGGGCUACUUUUACUUCUACGUGCGUGUCAUCGACUUCAUGGACACCAUCUUCUUCGUGCUCCGAAAGAAAGACCAACAGAUCACGGUGCAACAUACCUCCCACCACGCGUUGGUUGUGGCCAACGGCUGGCUCUGGUUCACACUCGGUGGCGAUGGGCAGUCUAUGUUCGGUCUCAUCAUCAACAUCUACAUCCACACCGUCAUGUACUUCUACUACUUCUUAGCGGCCUGCGGGCCGAAGUACAAGAAGUACCUCUGGUGGAAGAAGUAUCUGACCCGGGCGCAGAUUAUCCAGCACUGUGUGAUCAUUGUGCACGGACUAAUACCAUUCUUCCACGACUGCGGAUACCCUAGGUUCUUCAUCUACCUGGCCCUUCCCCAAGGACUGCUCGGACUGGCGAUGUUCAUCAACUUCUACGUGUUUGCCUACAAGCGGAAGUCCUUCAGCGAGGCCAUCCAACACGACGUCUGUAUACUCAAGGAGGAGUGA